UCAGGUCUCACACGGACUGUGGGCCAGCAGAAGUUCAGAAUCAUGGAUCCACCCGCUACCAGCUCCUACAGAGGCAAGGAUGCCAAACCUCGUCCGACCAAAGGCUUUCAUAGGAAUGGUCAACCUUUAGUGAUAAACGAAGUUCAUCGCAAUUCCUCUAACUCCUCGUCGUCCAUGUCGGAUCUGUUCACUUCUCCCCAAUUCAAUGAUCCCUUGGAUGGGUCAAAGGAUGAUGUCGCCCGAGCCAAACCGAGUCAUCAAGCAUUGGUCAGGCCUCAAGGCCCUCGAACUUUGGCUCAUGCCAAUUCGUUGGAGACGGAGGAAGAUCGACGAAGUCUGGCCUUUCAAAUUGUUCUGUUCCAUCUCUGCUCGUUUUAUGAGAAACCAUUGGAAAGGCGGGAAAGGCUCUUCCGGGAGCUAUGCCAUCGUCUGCGAAUCGAUAUGAGCGCGGCUCUGUAUCAGUAUCCGGAGUUGGCCUCGUUGCGAUCCCAUUAUCAACAUUCCUUUGUGCGGAUGGUCAAAUCUGUCCAAGGUCAAAUGGAUGCCCAUCCCACGUCGACCCUACCCAAAUCCCGAAGCAUCCAAUGCAUCAAUGAGGUUCGUGAACAAGAUCUGUACCACAACUCGCGAUAUCAGAAUGAGUUUGAAGAGCUGAGCUUCAUCGCCAAAGGCGGUUUUGGGGUAGUAUUUCGGGCUCGGAACAAGUUGGACGGAUGCGUGUACGCGGUGAAAAAGAUCGUACUCCGCUAUUGCGAUCCUGAAUUGUUUGCCAAGAUCUUCCGGGAGGUGACCACAUUGGCCAAGCUCAACCAUGCCAAUGUGGUGAGUUAUAAGACGGCGUGGCUGGAACCUUUUGUGGACUGUCCUCGACCGCGAACUCGCCUCCAUUGUCAGCAUCCAUCUUUGCCGAACAUGACGUCGGAAAUGUGGUCUUCCAGCUCUCGCACGUCUUUAGGAUUGAAUGGUAAUACGUUUGAAGAGGAUCGGAUUCUGAGGAGGAUAGAGGCCACAUCACAGAGUUCGGGUAUCGUGUUUAAUGAAACCGAAGAGUCGCAGGACGUAAUUGACAUGGGCAUUUCAACGACUCGCUCGGCAGUUGUCACACACGCUGGUGUUAGUCAUAACCGGGUGAAUCGAUCGGUGACGUCAGCCAUUGAGAUAACUACUUUCCAAAGCUCGCUAAAAAUGUCCAACGUAACAUCGAUUCAAGAGCUCGACGAGCACGAUUCGGGUGGUAAUUUUCCUCAUGUCCAAGGCCUGGCAGCCACCCCGCCCAAUCGGGCCCGAUUACCGCCCAUAACUGAUGUGGCUGGAACGAGCCCAUCGUCCCGAUUUUGGAUUGCUAGUGACGAUGAAGACGAAUUUUCGACUACCUCCUUUGAUGGCUUGGAUGACAAUUCGCCCAGAAAGUCCCGGAAGACAAAAUUACCCACGUUUCCAAAGCCAAAUGGCGCUGAACACAGUGGCGCGUUUCAAAGCAACGUACAGGAUCGAGCCGUGCUUUACGUGCAAAUGCAAUUAUGUGACCGGACCCUUCGUGAGUGGUUAGACGAACGGAAUGCGGUUGUGGAUGCCUCGGGGCAUUGUCAGAUCGAUGCAGCCAUCAAUUUACACAUAUUCGAACAGAUCUUACGUGGUGUCGAAUACAUCCAUGCCCAAGGGAUUGUGCAUCGAGACCUAAAGCCCAGAAACAUCUUCUUAAGUAGAAACAAUGAGGUCCAAAUUGGAGAUUUUGGGUUAGCCAAGCAUGAUCUCGAUAAUAACAUAUCCACCCCUCAAACUCCAGUGGAUUCUACAAACUACAGCGGAAAUAUCUUUACAACGGAGAAAAGUCAUCACACUUCCGGGGUUGGAACCCAAGCUUACGGAGCCCCUGAACAACUAGCUUUCGGAAUAGUCAACGAAAAAAGUGAUAUUUACAGCGUGGGCAUAGUUCUCUUCGAAUUGUUCCAUCCAUUUUCUACGGCCAUGGAAAGAAGCAAAGCCAUCACGCAAGUUCGUCAAGACAUGGUGCCAGAGGAUCUAGCCCUCAAGUAUCCCCUUGUUACCAAAGCCAUUCAAUCGAUGUUGGCCAGUGUGCCUUCUUUGCGACCUCGAGCUACUGAGGUUCUUCAAACGCUAUUUUCUGCGGAAGCCAAGAAAAAGCAAGCUCUCGAAGAGCAAGUCCAGCACCUGGAAGAUGUUGUGGCUGAGCAGAAAUUGGCCAUGCACGCGAAGGAUGAAUUGAUUAGGAAGCUCCAAGCCGCUCUGGCCAAAAUGAAUACUUCUACACCAUGAAUCGUUACUCAAAAGUAUUAGUUUUGCCAUGCGUAUAUGCUCAACCUUGAUUGCACACCCAGUGAACGCUUCGAAACCAAACCCACGUCGUGAUAUUUUCACUUUAUGAAAUGUAUUUCAUCGUUCUCGUGAAUACAUUCGGUCACAGCCAA